CAGGGAGGGGAGGGAAAAGAGAGAAGAAUUAACUUUCAGACUUCCCACCCUGAUCUGAGACUGAAAGCGACGAGUGUAGUUGCAGCGGCUGCGCUCGGGGAGCUAAAAGGAACUGAGACCAGCGCUGAAAUAAUCGUUAUGCUCCACAUUCGCUGUGGGCUGCCACUAUUAUCACAACUAUCUCCACUGAGCAUCUGAGAACAGAGCAAACAACGGGCUGCCAAUGUCCAGCCACUGAGGGACGCAGCUGGGUGAGACUCACAUCCUUUUCCUCCCUGGGAGGCAAAAGACCACCAGCCGUCCAGUGUCCAGUCUUCCGCUUUGCUUCUGCGGUCAUUUGGGGCGACACCGGUGCCAUGGACCUGACCCUGUGGCAGUACCAGUUCCGCAUCAUCAUGCUGGGCGACUCGACGGUGGGCAAGUCGUCCAUGCUGAAGCGCUACACUGAGGACCUGUUCAUGGAGUGCCUGAACCAGACCGUCGGAGUGGACUUCUACGUGCACUUCCUGGAGGUGGAGCCCAACGUGAGGGUCAAGCUGCAGUUCUGGGACACGGCGGGCCAGGAGAGGUUCAGGUCAGUGACGCGGUCCUACUACCGUAACUCUGUGGGCGGACUGCUCGUCUUUGACCUGGGGAACCGGACGUCGUUCGAGCACCUGGAGGAGUGGCACCAGGAGGUGCUGGAGCACGUGCAGCCUCACGGCGUGCUCUUCGUGCUGGUGGGCCACAAGAGCGACCGCGAGGAGGCGGGCGAGCGCGCCGUCACCCGGGACGAGGCCGAGAGGCUGGCGGGCCGCCUGGGCAUGCCCUACGUGGAGGCGUCGUCCAAGACGGGCGAGAACGUGACGCCGGCCUUCGAGCUGCUGACGCGCCGCAUCUACCAGGGCCUGCUCAGCGGAGAGGUGCAGCUCCGAGACGGCUGGGACGGCGUCAAGAGCUCGGAGCCUCGCCGGCCCUCACAGCUGUCUCCCACGGGGGAGCCCGCGAAAGAGGACAGGAAGUGCGCCUGCUAAAGAUACGCAACCGGCCACAGCGGCAGAUAGCGCCAGAGAGGGUUAAAGCGGAGCAAGAGGCGCAAACGUUCCACCAUUUCCGCAUUGUGUGUUCGCAAAGGGGCGGGGGGCCAAAUCCCCCUUUAAGCAGACAUAGAAAGUGACGUUACAUUUUAACUGAACUGCUUGCCAAUCUGACAGAGAUCGAUAUCUCACUAUAACUUCUUUGCGUCACGCCUCUUUAAGCAGACAGGAACUGUUUGAAUUUUGCUAGAGAUGCAUUAUGUUGCUCUAUUUUGUCAUUAAUGAAGUAUCUUUGAUGUCGCCAAUCAAAGUGUAUCUCAAGGAAUGUUGAACUUACAUAGAAUAUGAACAACUUUAGACAGCAAAAUACUGUUCUGUGGCAGAGCUUCAGAGCUCAAAUUAGAGAAAGUAGGACGAUGCCUCGAUGACGUGCUUGUGGGUGACAAAAAUAGACCUACAUCACAUUUGUGUUGACAUUUUUACUUUUUGUUUAUUUAUGGAAAACAAAAAUCAAACACAGGUUAUAUUGAAAACUUGUGAUACAAGGUCAAAAAAAAAGAAAUAAAUCAAACAUCCAAACAAAUUCUUCCCACCCUACCCUAUCACCCCCUCACACUCACACGCACGCACACACACACACACUCAAAGGGGGAAAAAAAAAAACAUCCACCGGUGAUAAAGACCAAACUUCCUUCUCUGCCUUUUCAAAGAUCCUUUCCUCUUGGACCAAGACAAAUCAAAAUGACCAACACUCAAUUCAUAAUAUUCGGUCUUCUCCAGGAAAAAAAAAAAGAGUUGACAAACAUCAUUUCCUGUGUACAAAGAAAACCUUUGCUAUACACCAGGGGUGAAAAAGCACCAAAUAAUAAUAAUAAAUCAUAAAUCAUAAAUCAUGUCAGGUUGAGUCUCUCUGCUUGUGGGGCUGAGGGUACAGUAUCACUUCAGAAUUGGAAGAAAAAAAUAAUAUUCUACCACGUUGAACAACUCUAAGACACAGGACUGCAAUCACAUGCCAACUCUUAAGAGAAACUUAAAGCUGAAACUUGACAAAAAUCUACCUAGCUAGUUAAUUGUGAGUAGGUACAGGUGUCUAUUUUACAUGGUGACAAGCUGAAAGAGACUCGCGUAUAAAGCCUAGAAAAACCUUAGUCACCUCUCAGGAGUAUUCUUACAAAGUAUUGAACCAAACCAGUAUAUAUAUAUAUAUAUAUAUAUAUAUAUAUAUA